AUGGUGUACACAUCUGUAUCUCUGGCUUCCAUUGCCAUCUCAUUACUUGCACUGAGCGAUGCCAAAGCCAUCAGCACCACCUCUAGCUCUUCAUACUCGAUUGCUUCUUCCACAGACUCUUCGGUACAACCCACUUCUACCCACCCUACCUGCCCUGAGGCCAACAACAACAUCUUCAUCGCCAAGAGCGGUGCCACUUUUGUUGUGGAGUGUGGUAUCGACUAUGCAGGUGGUGAUCUGAAGUCUGUCAACAUUGCCAGCAACAGAAUCGGCGACUGUAUCAAUGCAUGCGAUGCCACUGAAGGCUGUAUCGAUAUCAGCAUGUCUGGAACCGCCUGCUACAUGAAGAAGAAACUCAACAAGCCACUCGUCAACAAGGGUAUCAGAGGUGCUCGCAAGAUCAAAGAUGCACCUGUGACUACUACAAGCUCGUUUGGCAAUUCUUCAUACACGCCUACUACUUCUUUUGACGGCAGUGUUACUAAGGCUGCUACUUUUUCUGAACCCACGGCUUCUACGGCUCCUGCUACGGCUUCGGUGCCUACUGUUAAUCAGGGUACUGAGUAUAUUAACUAUACUAAUAUGGCUGGCUUCUUCCUUCAGGAUCUCGCCAGCACUGUCCCCAGCACUUUUGACUACACUGCUACAAACUUUGGUCUCAUCAAUCAGACUUACUCAACCGACACAGGCUACGAUGCCGGAAUGACUCAAUGGCAGCGCUUCAACAACUACUUGUUUUACCUAAACAGCCAAUCUCCCGCCAACGUGGCUUACAAGUUAUUGUUCAUCGGUCGCCACGGCGAAGGCUACCAUAACGCAGCCCAAACCUACUACGGCACUCCCGCCUGGAACUGCUACUGGAGCCAGCAAAAUGGCAACAGCACCGUGACCUGGGAAGACGCCGACCUCACCCCCAAUGGAGUUGCUCAAGCCCUCAAAGCCAAUUCCUUCUGGGCCCACGAAAUCUCAGCGCAGAAGAUUCAAACUCCUCAGGCGUUCUACGUGUCUCCCUUGACGCGUUGCCUCAAAACUGCAAACUACACUUUUGCAGGUCUGGGCUUGGAUAACUUUGUUCCUGAAAUCAAGGAAUUGAUUCGCGAGGGGAUUAGCACUCAUACUUGCGACCACAGAAGCAAUGAGACUUACAUCCACAAUCUCUUCCCUGAGUGGAAGAUCGAAUCCACCUUCACCGAAACAGACGAACUCUGGAACGGCAUCACUGAAGAAUCUUCCUCAGCCCAAGACUAUCGCUCCAAAAUCGCUCUCGAUCAAAUCUUUUCCGCUAGUGAGGAUGCCUCUGUAAUCUCUAUCACCACUCACAGUGGAGAGGCUAGUUCUUUGCUCAGGGUUUUGGGUCACAGAUCUUUCUCGCUGGUUACUGGUGCUGUCAUUCCGGUGUUUGUCAAGGCGGAGACUGCUAAGGCUGAUGGUGGUGCUACUACGACGACUGUGCCUUGGGAUGCGGGUGCUUGGUGUACUAAUGGUCCGCCGUUGACUAGCAAUGCUGCUUGUGUGUGCAGUGAUGGUGUUGCUCCUGUUGCUACCACUGCUUCUGCUUAG